AUGAGUGCUGGAAUGCCGGAGCUUGGUUCUAAGAUCAGCUUAAUAUCAAAAGCUGAUAUUCGUUACGAAGGAAGACUUUUUACCGUAGAUCCUCAAGAAUGCACAAUCGCUCUCGCAAACGCUACCUUAUUUAUUAUUUUAUCAAACUCAAGUUUAUUACCAAGGUUUGAAAGGAUAAAGAAAGAAAAUUAUCAAUCUUCCGGAAUUUCACUGCGAUCUUUUGGAACGGAAGAUCGGGAUACGCAAUUUCCGGUUGCUCCUCAAAAUCAAAUUUAUGAGUAUAUUCUCUUCAGAGGAUCUGACAUUAAAGACAUCCGAGUUGUCAACAAUGUCAACACUAUUCCCAACGACCCAGCGAUCGUUCAGAUGACCGUUCAACCUACGAUGAAUCAGCAGUCCUAUCAACCGCAGCCUGGUUAUGGACAUCCAAUGAUGGGCCAGAUGCCUCCAAUGGCUGGCCAAUACGGACCGCCGUACGGUAUGACAAUGGGAGCUAUGGGUCCAGUGAUGACGAUGCCUCCAGUCAGAGAUCCUCGAGGAAACAUGAAUAAACCUCCAAGUGAGUUGACCUCAGGACCUGUCGAUUCCAACGUCAUCAAUAUCCCCAAUACACUGCCGACGGCCAACGUCAAGCCGUUGACAAAAGAUCAAUCUCUUGAAGAUGGUGUUAUGGAUUUGAUUAGUGGGUCACGAUCAACGACUCCAACAUCUUCGCUUCUGAACAGAAAAAGUCCAACAAUUGAUCAAGGGACUCAGGUAGGACAUCAGCAAAAACAAGGUAGUGGAAAAGCUAUUGAGAAACCGAAUAACCGAAACGUACAAUCUCAACAUCGUGACACGCAAAGCCGUCGAAGUGGCAGUGGAUUGUCCCAUUACAGUGAUGGAAAACGUGACGGAAGUACUCACGACAAUCAGAUGCACAAUCAGAGACAUUCUCGAGGGUCUCAAGGGUCUCAUGGACCUCAAGGUACCCACGGACCUCCUGGUGGACGCACUGGCAAUCGCGGUGGCUGGGUUCCACGUGGUAAUGUUUCCCGUGGCCGUGGACGAGGAGGUCGUGGUGGUGCUUUUCCUCAAAAUCAACAGGGUAACACUGGCAGUAAACCCAAGAAUACUUUGAAAUUCGACAAUGACUACGACUUUGAGCAAGCCAAUACCCAAUUCGAAGAACUUAGAUCCCGGUUAGCCAAAACAAAAAUUGAUGUCGGCACAGAGAAUGAGAAAAAAGAUGACAGUGGAAAUGAGACUGGAGCCGGUGAAGGAGAACCUGAAGAGGAAACUGAUGUUGUUCACUAUGAUAAAGCUAAGUCGUUCUUUGAUAACAUCAGCUGUGAAGCCGUGGAAAGAAGUAAAGGAAGAUCUCAGCGUACGGAUUGGCGAACUGAGCGUAAGUUGAAUACAGAAACAUUUGGAGUAUCAUCAACAAGACGUGGUGGCUUUCGCGGUCGAGGCUACUAUAAUCGUGGAAUGGGUGGAGCAUAUCGUAGUAACAACAACGGAGCUGGUGGUCACAUGGGUGGAAUGAACCCUGGAUCAGGCGGAUACCGUGGCAAUUAUCGAGGAAACCGCGGUAACAAUCCAGCUAAUCGCAAUAAACGAGGACAAAAUCAAGGUAGUAACAGUAACGGCGGACAAAAUGGUCCUAUCAAUAAUCAAAGUACAAGUCAAUCUCAGAAUCGACUUGUUACUGGUACUGCGUAA